GGGCCACCAUACCUCCUAACCGGGAGUGACCUUUGAACUUGUGGGCGUGAACGUCGCGUGAGUUCAGCGGUGAGGAGAGUCGGCGCGACAGCUAAACUAGCGAGUUAAAAUAACAGUUUACCGAGAUGUCGGACAGUGAAUCCAUCAAAAAAAUGUUGCGGUCUGUACUGCAGUCCAGCAAGGUUGGCGUGUCUGUGAGCAGCCUCCAGUCGGAGUACCGAUCACUGUGCGGAGAGAGCAUCCCGCUGAAGAAGCUGGGCUUCUCAAAACUUGAGGACUACCUCAAAAGCAUCCCGUCUGUGGUCAGACUCGAGUUUCGCAUGGGUGAGUUGAAAUGCUUUGCUGCAGUUUGCCAAGAGACGGCCCACAUCGCAGAGCUCGUUGCCAGGCAAAAGAGCGCAAAGAAAUCUGGUCGCUCCCAAGUCGUCAACUGCAAGAUGAGAUUCAAACCCUCCAACCCGUACAUGCUGAACGUGAGGCCAAGGUCCUCUCUCCGUCAGCCCUCCGCAGGCGCUGCCUCCAACUGGUCAGCAAACCGUCAUCGGCCCCAUGGGCAUGGCAGCUACGGAGGCUUCAGUGCCUCCGGAGACUACAGAAAGUUGGACCAAAGGUUGAGCUCCGUCACCCCCGUAGAGCACAGACAACCAGCCCCUCUGCCAGCUGUGAAGCAGCAGUGUGGCGUGCCUCAGAGGAAAGAGAGAAGUUUGGCAAACUGCCAGCACAGAGAAGAGCCUCCUGAAAAUGUCUCAAGGUACCAGUCUAGUCAGGAUGACGUGGAGCUGGUGCAGAGCAGGAUGACUCAGCUGCUGAAGAAAUACUGCAGCGGAGUGUGGAUGUCGAAGCUCUCGGGGCUCUACAGGGACAUGUUCGGUCAGGCGCUCCACCCUCAGGUGCUCAUCGAUCUCGAAAAGUGGACACACAUCUGCAUGGUAGAGAAACCAUCCAUCACCUCCAGAGCAGACCGCCUCAUCUACCCUCCUCUGUCCCCCAAGCCGUCUACCGUCCCCAGAAACAGUACAGCCAACAUCCUUCUUUCCAGCACUAUCACCACACCCAUUUCCUCCAGUCCGUCAACACCUGAACAUCCCGCCCCUGCCCUCCCUCUUCCCGUUCAUCCAGUACCUAAACCUAGAAUCGGCCCUCAAAGCCCCCUGGCUAAGCCCACUUUCAUUUUCCCGUCCCAACCGGUCUGUGCAUCUUUAGGCAAACUGUUGCCUUCAGUCACGUUGAGGAGCCCUGCACAUAACCCGACUCUUGCUCCCCGCCUGUCUCCCUGUGCUGGUUCGGCAGUCAAGGCGAGCGGUGAAUGUAAAGAAAACUUGAUUACAGCUUCACUCAACCACAACAAAAACACUCCACCCUUACCCCCAGCUUGGACUUUAAAAACAAACGCCCCUCCGUCGUCUUCCUCCCUCAUGCCUGGCCCUGACAUCUUACCACUUAUGAAGGUUACCUUCUCCCCCUCCUCAAAACCUGCCUCGAGUCCGUCCUCAAAAUCUGCUGCCCCCUGUGUUGUUUUGUCAGCUGAUGUGCGUCACAAAUUAAAGGAGCUUCUGUCCAAGUACAGUCAAGGUCUGUGGGCCCACGGCCUGCCCCAGCUCUUCAUGGAUACAUUCAAGAUGCCGUUCCCUGAACAUGUUCUGGACAACCUGUCACUGUUGUUGGAUAUGUGCGAUGUGGAGUAUCCAGUGCCAGGCGACAAGACAAAGGCCAUCCUGUACUACUCCAGCAGAGCAGAAACAGAAAACAGAAACAGAGCAGAAAGCCAGCAGGGCAGAAGCCUCUUCCGUCCCUCUGGUCUGGAGGUCCUGAGUCUGGUGGUUCCUCCCUCGCUGGUUCUUCCCACAGAGCAGUACCCCUCUGUGCUGGUCACUGAUGCAACAAGCAGCAAUGCUGUUACGAUAAGAUAUGUAGGUGAGAUCUACUCUAAUGCCCAGGAGGUCAUGGAGGAAACAAUGCGCUCCUUCUACAGCCAGAGCUCCACCCAGCACCCUUUGUCUGACCCCGCGGUCGGUCAGCUGGUAGCAGUCAGAGGCGACGACGGAGAGGAGCUGGCCAGAGCUCAGGUCAUGGAGGUUAAGGCCCCCAACAAGGUCAAGGUGUACUACGUGGACUACGGCUUCUCUGUGGACACCAGUAGGAACAAUCUGCUGGAGCUGCACCAGGACUUCCUCUUGCUGCCAUUCCAGUCAACUAAUGUCAAACUUGCAGGUCUUGAGGCUUUCAGCUCCCAUCCACAGGUGCUGUCGUCCCUGGACUCGUUAGCAGUCGGGAAAAUUCUCCUGAUGGAAACUUUAGAGCUGUGCAAGGACAACGAGAUGCCCAUGGCAGUGCUGUACGACACGUCGCAGGAUGAUGACAUCAACAUCAACUCCACCUGUCUGAAGGCUCUGCAGGACAAGACCAUGAACAACCCUCUGACUGUAAAUGCUACGUACCGGGACGUGUGUGUCACAAACGUGUGUUCGAAUGGUAUCAUCCACUGCCAGCUGCCCUCCAGAGGAACCGCAAGACUCAACAAGUUUCUGGAAGACACAGAGGCCAUCCUUAAGUCCCAGAUGACAUCUGAGUUGCUAGUGUCCCGACCUUUUAAUGGGAAGUUCUGCCUCGCCCGCCACAAAGGACAGUGGUCCAGAGCGGAGAUCAUAAAUAUGUUCGGCAACAGAGUGAUGGAGCUUCUCUUCAUUGACUUGGGAGUUCAAGCAACUGUAGAGGUCACUGAUCUGCGAGAGAUCCCCCCCCUGUUCCUCAAAGACUUCACCGUCAUCCCCCCGCAGGCCAUCAAAUGUCGCCUGGCUGAACUCUCAGUUCGCGAUGAAGACUGGAACCCAGAGGCCGUUCUGUGGGUGAAGGAGGCUGUCAUGGGCUCUGGAGACUGUAAAAUUAAGAUUCUGAAGUUAGAUCAGCACAAAGAGGACUUGUUGGUCUACAUGUACCUCUUCAUCGGCACUGACAGCCAGGAGCUGGAGAAGAGCAUCAACCGUCAGCUAGCCCAAUCAGAGAUGUGGCAGAAACUCACAACGAAGAACAACCACACGACCCCGAGCAGUAACCGCAGCACGGAUAAAGGCCUCAGUGAUAUGGUGGAGAAGUUGACUUUUAGCAGCCCCGCCCCAAACACCCUCAUCAAUGCCUCAACCGGACCGCCUCCAAGAGCCGAGGACUCUUCUAUUCCAGACACAACCACCAAAACUGGAACGCAGCCCCUUCCGAUGCCUCCCCCACUGGAGCUCCCCCAGCCCGGUCAGAAUGUGGACGUGUUUGUGCCGGUGGCCUGCCACCCGGGUUACUUUGUGCUGCAGCCGUGGCAGGACCUGCACAAGCUGGUGGUGUUGAUGGGCGAGAUGAUCCUCUUCUACAAUCAGACAUCGAAGAGCAACGCAGCCACGCACAUCGAGAGAGGAGAGGUCUACGCUGCCAAAAUAGACAAGAACUGGCACCGCGUGCAGGUGAAGGGGAUUCUCUCCAACGGGUAUGUUUCCGUUUACGAGUUGGACUACGGCAAACAUGAGCUGGUCCGCAAUAAUCUCCUCCAACCGCUGAUCGAGGAAUUCAGACAGCUGCCCUUCCAGGCGAUCACUGCACAGCUGGCGGGUUUGACAAAGACUCAGUGGACGGAGGAGGCCGCCAUGUUGUUCAGGAACCACGUGGAGGGGCGAGCGCUGGUGGCCCAGGUGGAGAGUGAACAGGAGGACGUCAAAGGUGAGCUCGGGGGACGCAGGUUGACGGUGUACCUGGUGGACACCACAGUGCAGGAGAGGGACCUGUGGAUUCACAGCAUCAUGGCCGACCUUGGCGGGGAGCUGUCCUCAGCAGCUUAGGGCGCCGUCUCAUGCCUCUGACUCUCAGCAAGUAUUUUUUAGAACCA